AUGCGAAAGUUAUUUGUUUACGGUGUUCCCGUUCUCGGACCGUUGCUCGGGACAGACAAGGUGCCGAGUUUCGAAGAUGUCGACAAGCUCAUGAUGGCGCUGGCAUUGGUACAAGGGCUUUUGCUAUCCUGUCUCGCUGGGACUUUCCAGUCAGUAUUGGAAUGCUCCGAAGAUGCCGAAGAGCCUGACGAGCACCAGAAAGUUUUGGCAAUCAAUUUUCAGUAUUGGUCUUUUGAAUGCUUGUGCUUGGCCAUCCUUUUCACAAUUAUCACAUACGCCUACAUUGUGUACUUGAUCGACCAAGCAGGUGGUGACACUGUAGAAAUGAAACGGAUGCAAGUGUUCUGGACAGCCGGGGGGAGAUUUGUUAUGGCAGGGCUUGUAGUGUUCACGGUCACCGGGGCUGUACUUUAUGCGUGGGGGGUCUCGCGGGCACUUGCUUGCAUGUAUGGUGACCUACACGGUGGCCAUUGGGGCAUGGAUGGCUUCCUCCCAGGCGGCCUUGCGAUGCCGUUGGUUGCAUGCUUUGGUGCGAUGCUGAUUCACGUAUCCUUUAGGAAGAUGUUGAUGGAACAUUUGGAUGACCUGCCUGGAGGGGCAGCCGGUGAAUUGGUAAGCCUUACCAGUGGCAAUUUCAAGUAA